AUGUCUAGCCGCUAUGAACGGGUGAAUACCCAAGACGACGAUCCCGAUUCUCCCGACGCCACUACGCUGCGACAGCCGCAACGGGCGCCCAACUCCACCCCUCCUUCUUUCCACUCGCGCACAUCGUCACUGGAACGAAGGCGUCAAGGCGUCGAUCCCGCGCUGGCCGAUGCCUUUGAUACCGAUGGUGACGAUAGCGACGACGAACCCGACGACAGACAACGGUUGAUGCGAGGAACCCCAUCGAUAAUACCCAGCAACACCACCACCUCUGUCCAGGGCGCCGGUGGAGGCGAGAACAGGCCGGGCGUUCCGGGGAGGCAAACAACCCAGUGGCCAACACCUGCCGCGAGCACCAGUCCCCAACCGACGGCGAAUGCAAAUGCGAAUGCGAGGACUUACGGAGGCGGCAUCCAGUCAGAUGGCGUCUUUUCCAACAUGACGGCCCGGCCGGAAAGAGGGGAGAAGAUUGUAGAGGAGGCACCUCCUACGUACGAGCAGGCUGCGGCUGAUGCUGCUCCGCCGUACUGGGAGACAACGAUCCUUGCGCCUGGCCUUGGCGGCCCCGACGAUGUCUACAUCGACGGCAUGCCUGUCGGCUCCAUCUUCAGCUUCAUCUGGAACGGCAUGAUCAGCAUGUCGUUCCAGCUUGUCGGCUUCCUGCUCACCUACCUCUUACACUCGACGCAUGCGGCCAAGAAUGGUUCCCGAGCUGGCCUCGGCAUCACCCUCAUCCAGUACGGCUUCUACAUGAAAGGGUCGGCCGGGUCCGACGGCAUGAGCGGAAGUCCCGCAGACGGGUACGCACAGCCUCCGGACCCAAACAGCCACGACUUUGACCCCAACACGGUGGGUACGGACAACGGCGAGGGCGGCGGCUCGACGUUGAGUGACAUUGCAAGCAGCGAGUGGGUGGCAUACAUUCUCAUGAUCGUGGGCUGGUUCAUUCUCAUCCGGGCGGUCAGUGAUUACAUCAAAGCGCGGAGGCACGAGCAGCUGGUGCUUCAGAGCCCGGACAGAGGGCUGGGUGUUCCUAUCAUUGCGGAAGGGGAGUCGGCCGAAACCGUGCAGGAAGCGAAGUCCGACCACGCAAACACCAACAAGGUGCCUCCGAACCCGUCUUCCCGCCUCGCGGCCCUCCGAGCCCACCUGCGGCCCGCCCCGAAGCCCAGAACCGACCUCAACGCCAGCACCCCCUCGCGAACCAUCACCACCAUGUCGUGGCGCAGCUCCGGCAGCUCCAACGCCGAGCUCGUCGAGAACCUCUGGCGCAACAAGCUGAUCACCCAGCCCGUCGUCAAAGACGCCUUUCUGCGCGUCGACCGCGGCCACUACGCGCCCGGCGCCCCCUACAAGGAUUCGCCGCAGUCCAUCGGCCACGCCGCCACCAUCAGCGCCCCGCACAUGCACGCCAGCGCCGUCGAGGCCCUGCUGCCCUUCCUGCUGCCCCACCAGGUCGGUACUACCGAAAGCGAGAGCGCGCCCACCGCCACCACCACCACCGCCAUGAUCGUCGGCCCCAAGGGCCGCCCGCGCCGUGUCCUGGACAUCGGCAGCGGCAGCGGAUACCUGACCCACGUGCUGGCCGAGCUCGUCGGCGAGACGGGCGUCGUCGUCGGCGUCGAGCACAUCGGGGCGCUGAAGGAGCUGGGCGAGGCGAACAUGGCCAAGUCGGCCGAGGGCCGCGCGCUGCUGGAGUCGGGCCGCGUGCGGUUCCGCGUGGGCGACGGACGCAGGGGCUGGGAGGAGCCGAGCCCAGUGGAUGCGCAGCCCGGCGUUGGCGGGUCCGCCGAUGCCGAGGUGCCAAACAAGGACGUCGAGGGCGGCUGGGACGCCAUCCAUGUCGGGGCCGCCGCCGUCGAGCUGCAUGAGGAUCUUGUGCGCCAGCUGCGGAGCCCGGGGCUCAUGUUCAUCCCUGUGAACGACGAGGAUGGCUGGGAUCAGUAUAUCUGGACGGUGGACAAGGACGAGAAUGGCAGGGUUGGGAAGAAGAAGCUGUAUGGUGUUCGCUAUGUGCCCCUGACUGAUGCGCCCAAGUAG